AUAUAUGCCCCUCAACGUUUCGCUCUCUGUUCAAAAGUUGAACUCCCGAAAACCCAAAUCGAGAGGGAGAUUGAGAGAGUGACAUGGCGGUUUUUCCCUUAGACGUGAUCGUGGAGAUACUAUCGCGACUUCCAGUGAAACCGCUUUUGCGUUUCAGGUGCGUUUCUAAACCGUUGUGCGCUCUUAUAGACAGUCACGAUUUCAUCAGAUCGCACCUGAAGCUUUCGGACGAAACCAGAAACCAUCUCAGCCUCAUACUCUGGAGUCGUAGCCUGUAUUCUGUGGACUUCGCUUCACUGGAUAAUGCCGUAGAGCUUGACCAUCCUUUGAUAUCUAGGGAUAACCGUACCGAGGUUCUGGGAUCUUCUGAUGGUUUGAUUUGUUUGAUUAAUUGCCCAGAUAUGGGCCCUAUGGCUAUUUGGAACCCAUCGACCAGAAGGUGCCACAAGUUACCAAUUUUAGAAUUAGAGUCACUGGGCCAGGUUACCGCUGAAGAUGAUAUGAUUUACGGUUUUGGAUAUGAUUCAGUUAAUGAUGAUUAUAAGGUAGUGAGCAUUUUUCAGAUGAUCGGAGAUCGUAAGGACUCUUUUGUCUCUUUUGUGAAGGUCUACAGUAUGAAGUCUAAUUCAUGGGGAAGGAUCCAAGAUUUCCCAUAUUGUCAUCCUUAUAAGUGGCGUUGUGGCGUGUUUGUUGGUAGUGCCUUACAUUGGAUUGUGAGACGAAUGCCCGAGGAUACUGCUAAUCUGAUUGCUGCAUUUGAUCUUACAAACGAGGACUAUAAAUUAGUGCCGCAACCUGAAUUUUCUGACAAUACUUUUCACAUGUAUAUAGCGGAGUUGGGAGGGUGUCUAUGCAUACUUUGCAAUUAUGACCCAGCCCGAUUUGAGGUCUGGGUGAUGAAAGAUUACGGAGUCAAGGAAUCGUGGAUUAAACUGUUUUCUAUAGCACAACCAGAAGAGAUUAGGUCAUUAGAUUUUGUGGUUCCUGUAGCUUAUUCAAAGAGUGGUUGUGAAGUCCUGUUGGUUCAAGAGCAUUACAAACUUGUUUCGUAUGAUCUCGAGCAUAAAACAAUUAAGAAGAUUAACAUUCUUGGAAUACCGAAUGAGUUUGACUUAGCAGUAUGUGUGGAAAGCCUUGUUCCACUCAAUGGAGGAGGUAAAACUUAUGGGAAGAAUCAGGGACAUGAAAGGGAGAAGAAGAAGAAGAAGAGGGACGAUUUCCUGUCAAAGGGGUUCAAACUAGUGCUUUAGGCAAGUGAAGGGAACUAUAAGUGAAGCCAGAAAUUAUAGUGUGAAGUGGGGAGGGUGUCUAUGAAUUUGCAAUCAUAACCAAGUUCAAGUGGAUGUGUGGGUGAUAAAAGAUUAUGGAGUGAUGGAAUCAUGGAGUCAACUGUUUUUUGUAGCACAGCCGAUUAGGUCAUUUGAAUUUGUAGUUCCUUUAGCUUACGCAAAGAGUGGUCAUGAAGUCCUAUUGGUUCAAGGAGAUAACACGCUUGUUUGGUAUGAUCUCGACCAUAAAACAAUUAAGAAGACAAACGUUCGUGGAAUGCUGAAUGAAAUUUGAAUUAUCAGCAUGUGUGGAAUGCCUUGUUCCAUUCAAUGGAGGUGGUGAAACUUAUGGGAAUAAUUAGGAAUUUGAAAGGAAGAGAGGUAAAUAUUAUAAGCCAUUGUUCUUUUCAAAUGGUAUCAUCUUUGAUUCACUAUUGCUAUUAGAACUGUGGCUCAU